AUGGCGCCUGCCUCGGACGGACCGUCUUACUCCUCCAGCGAAGCUUCCCUCACCGACCUGAGAGAACUGGAGACGCUGGCAAGAGGCAAGCAGACUGGCAGACCGACUAAUUCAGGCUCUGAGACCCCAGUGACAGAAACCACCCUAAAGGCCCUCCUGGACGAACUACGCCGCAAUAUUGCCACCGACAUCUCUGCAUUCAGAGACGAAAUUAACGGAGUCUCGGCCCGCCUACACAAUGCGGAGGUGACCGUAGCAGGCCAUGAGACGAGACUCACAAUCUUAGAGCAGGAACUCACCGCAUUACGGUCCGAACAAGCAAAAUUACGACAACACAUGGCCACAAUGGAAGAACAUGAAGGUCCGAAGCCUUCCACACAGUUACUACGGUUGAAAUACCUCACCUGA